AUGACCCACUCCAUCCAGCUCUAUCCUAUCCCGAUCAGCGUAUCCACUUCAGCCGAUCCGGAAUCGUCGGAACCUGUACCCAGGACUUGUCAAACCACUUGGGACCCCAAACGGAACGGUCUCGCUCUUGCCGUUGUUCCUUCAAGUCCCACGUCAACAAAAAAGUCAGACAAACAACGCCAGACUAUCACAUCGGUUCCAGAUCAAUCUUUAUACCUAAUUAAUGCUACCGAUUUCAAACCAUCUCGAAGAUCUUUCACUACUCGCUCAUAUGAGGUCUUUAGUGGACUCCAAAGGGUUGUACAAUUAUGCGAAGAAGAGGAAGGCAUGGCUCAGGACCAAAUCUAUUUACCCGGUGGGGUAUGUCUCCCCUCGACUUCCCAACUAAAGUACUAUUAUCGGAUCGGAAAUCAGUAUGUCGUAGCAUUAAAGGAUUAUUUAACAGAACUUGAAAAAGAUGAAGCAAAAAAUUCAGAAGAGAUCGAUCUGGUGCUUCAAAUGACUCAAGUCUUUAGCCUGUUUGUUUUGGUACAUGUGCCUGCUGAUGGAAGGGGUGACGCUAUUGUUUCAGAAGAGGUGUUGGAUUGGGUCAAUCGUACCAACCCACAGCCACCCAAAGAGGAAGGAGAAGAAUUGAGUGCAAUGAUGAUACCUUAUGAGCACGUAAAUUUUUGGCCGUACAUUCAGGCAUGUGUGAUUCGAGGACAUCUAACACAAGCCUGCGCUCUCUUAAAGCCCUACACCAAGACACACAAUCCGACCUUGAACCAAUUGAUGACCGUCACGCUUUCCCUGAUCAAAUCCGCGCCACGCUCGACUUCGUUUGACAACGAACUCGCGUUCACUGUCGCAGUUGAAAAAUUUCGCGAGGCCGUCGAAAGAUCAUUGAUUACAUUAGAAUCGGAGAUGAAUGUGAUCUUCGAGAACGAGAAAAAUCGGGUGGAUACAGAAAAUGCAUUCGAUGAAGACGAUUUGGUUCACUUCCAGGCCAGCUACAAAAUCCUGCUCGAGAUUCUAUCCGGCGACGAGGACAGGAUUUCCGAGGCUUGUUUUGAUUGGCAAGAGGCCUUGGGUGCUCAUCUCUUAUGGGUCAACCCAUUUUGCAAGAGAGAUGAUCUGCCGAUUGUGAUGAAGAAGAUUACAACAGAUUGGCCAAUCGACCAAACUUCACUCCUCGACUUGGCCACGUCUUCAAUCAUGAAUGGCGACAUUGCUUCGCUACUUCAAGCCGCUUCGCAGAUGGACCAAUGGUUAAUCUGUCACUUGGCCGAUCUGAUCGACAAGCUUGGGAUCUCAGUGCCCGACCAUUCACGAGGCUUCUACAUCUGCGAUUUUGUGGAUUAUUUGAGUGUUGACCAGGGCUUGUGGAGAUUGAUGAUUGCCUAUCUAGGGACUGUCGGUGGAACAAAAGAGCGGAUUAAAGAGAUCUUGAGGAGGUUGGUUGUUGAAGACUUGAGGGAACAGCAAAGUAGCGAUACGAUGGAACUAGAUCCUCAGCCAGCAAAAACGACGACCAAAGUCAGCAUGCUUGAGAUGAAGGAGAUUUACACCGAACAUGAUAUGGAAGAUGAGUUCAACCGGACUGCACGAAUUUUGUCGCGCAGGUUGACGAAGCAGAGAAAAUAUGGAGCUGCUAUCGCCUACGCUGUUACGGCUGGUGACCUUGUGAUGGUCUCGAGGAUAUCAGAUUGUCUACUGGAUGAAUACUUGUCAAAUGGACCAGAAGAAUUCGCAAGAUUGGUAGAUGAAAUCCCGAGCUCGUUACUUCAUCCGACCGCGCCUGCCUUAAGACCGGGCUUAUUUUUCGACCCACCUACCCAGCCUGACGGGCGGAACCCCGGCGAGAGACCUCAACCGAAUAUCAACUCGAGCAAAUUACUCUUUUUGUCGAGAUAUCGAGACAUGCAUUCUUACUAUUCAAAGGGCGAACGCAAGUUGGCCGCUGAAACUCUAAUUAGCUUGAUGACCACUGAAAUUGCCCCCAAGCGUUGGUGGGCGGUUUGUUUGAUCGAUGUGAUCCCGCUACUCGAAGAUGACGAUAUUUUGAUUUCACUGGCCGACACUUACGAACUAUUGAGAUGUUUGGAAGAGAUCACCGGUCCGAUCUUAACCAGUUCAAGAGACAGUUAUGAUAACCUCAGAUAUCUGAAGCGGAUUGUUCUCAAUGGACGGAAAUCUGACGCCUCCAACAAUGAUCACACCAACAGAAAUGGCAGUGUGAAGAAGAGUAAUAAUGCUGAUACUCUUGGUGAUGGUGACGAUGGAACCAGGUCUGCUUUGGAACAAUUAAAUGUCGUCAGAUACGCUUUGGCCAGACAUUUGGCUCGAAGUUUAACUUGUAAACAUUAA